ACAUUCCGUCAGGCUGUUCCUAAGAUGCUGAAAGAAGAAGACGUUGGUGCAUUCUACAAUGGCCUGGUGCCAUUGUGGUGCAGACAGAUCCCAUACACCAUGAUGAAGUUCGCUUGCUUCGAAAGGACAGUUGAGUUACUUUACAGUCACGUUGUUCCAAAACCACGUCAAGACUGCACCAAGGGUGAACAAUUGGUUGUCACAUUCGCUGCCGGUUACAUUGCUGGUGUCUUCUGCGCCAUCGUCUCCCAUCCAGCCGAUGUUGUUGUAUCCAAACUCAACCAAGCCAAGGGUUCAUCUACCUUCGAUGUUGCCAAAAGUCUUGGUUUCAUGGGAAUGUGGAACGGUUUGGUUGCUCAUAUUAUUAUGAUCGGUACAUUGACUGCCCUGCAAUGGUUCAUCUAUGAUGGUGUCAAGGUAGCUUUGACCCUCCCACGUUCACCACCACCAGAGAUGCCAGAAUCCCUCAAGGCUAAUAUGCCCAAGAGCAAGUAA